UUAUAUUUCUGCAAGUGGAUUAGAGGCUUGGAGCUUAUAAUUCAAAAGCACAGUAGUUAAACAAAAGGCUUAUCAUUUAAAAUGCAGGUUGUAGCAGCUAUGUGUUCCAAAGUUCCUUUUCUCAGCAACGCAAUUAUGAAAGCUACUCAAAGUGAUUCGUUCAACUUGUUGGUUAAUAAUGGAUUAGCUGCGGGACAAGUAAUUUUUCAUACUCAUUUCCACAUAAUUCCUCGUAAAACAGGCGACAAGUUGUGGCCUUCAGAGAAUUCGAGAAGACGACCUCUGAUAUAUAACGAGAAUACAUUUGUUCUUGUCGAUUGCAUUAGAGAACAGCUUUCGAAUUCAUCUUCUAAUGAUAGCUGUGUCGAUUGUGAAUCUAUUCUCUCAAAGACUUGUUAAAUUGACUGUGGCAGUUAUAUGUUUGCUUAUUCUUGUUAUACAUAUGCGUUUUUGUUCCAAGAAUGUUCAAGAUGUGAUGAGUUCAUUGAUUGCUCUUUGAAUACAUAUAUAUAUGAUAGAAGAUUCCUUGGAUCAA